CUCCUGUUCCUCCUUCCUUUGCCCGGUUCCCAGGACAGGAGGGCCACAGCACGAUUCCCAGCUCCCCCCAGGACCUUCUGGAUCACCCUGUCCAUUGCCUUGAUAUUAUUUGCAGUUGUUGGCAUCAGUGUCGUGGGGGUUCUCAGCUUAUCUCCCAGCUCUCCCCAGGCUGGCUCCCAGCUCGUCCGACUGACACUGCAGGGCCAGCAGGACCCUCUGAGGAAUCAGACAGCCUUGGUGGACAAGUCCAGGAGCACUGUCACCUACUAUGUCACCUCGCAGAGCAACCUCAGUGCCGUGGUGCUGUACGACAGCAGGAACGGCUACGUGUGCUACAAGCCCGUGGAGCAGAGCACGUGCUACCUGAGGAGGAUGGACCCCUGGGACCUGCAAACCCUGCAGGCAGCUCUCAACAUGUCUGAGCAGAGGGCCGAGCAGCUGCUCCAUCACAACAACCAGACCAAGUACUACCGGGAGUUCCUGGGCAUCCUGCCGGGGGAGCAGGUGGAGCCCAAGGGCCUGGGGGAGGCUGUGCAGAGCCUGUGUGAGCACACAUCCAUCUUCUGGGUCCGCAGAGGGCAGGGUCCUGGGAGGCAGCGGCUGAUCUACCUGUGCAUUGACAUCUGCUUUCCAAGCAACAUCUGUGUCUCUAUCUGCUUCUAUUACCUCCCUGAGUAAGUGCUGAGCUGUGGACACCCUCUUGCUGCCCUACAUACUUGAACUGGAUUCCUGAAAAGCCUCUGAUUUCCACAAGGAAGGUAACACCACCAUCCCCAGAGCCUCCUGCUGAUUUCAUGCUGCACCUCAGGAGGGUUUAGAGAAACAAGAGGCCUCUGCUCAGCACUGUCAGCACAGACAGUCCCUGCAGCUCUGCCCCAGGGCUGCCAUGUCCAUAGCAAUUAGGAGCCCCAGGCCUAGAGGAAUCCCAGGGAGUAGCUGGUGUUCUGGGGCUCCAUGCCCUGCUCAGCACAAGGUGGUUACAUUUGUUGGGGUGGUUGGCUUUAGGAGAGCAGCUCUCCAAGUCACUUUAUGAAACACUUUGAAUAAAGGGAUUGCAAACCAAGACAAGAGCUGCCUUUCCUCUUUGCUCAGCCUCUUCCAUUCCUUAGAAAGUCUCAUUUUUAUUUUUCUCCCACUUUGGGGUACAAGAACAUACCAAGCUGUCAGCAGCUGAUGCCACAGGGAUUCCUCCAGCUCAACUGUACCUGUCUCCCUGCAGUGGGAUUGUGUCUCCCUGUCCCAUUCCCUCCCUUAGAGGCCACACACAUUUCAGCAAUGUCCUGCUCAGAGCUGAAGCCUGGUCUCACCCCAGGCAGCUGCAGCUGCUUCUGCCAGAGCCCAAGCCCUCU